CUUAGCAACCGCCCUGGCGACCGUCGCUGUGACCCUUUGCGCCCCCCGCGAGCUUGGUCUUUUCCUUACCUCCGCUGCGGGGGCUCGGCUUGGUCCCAGUAAGAACCAAGGGGACACAACUGCGGAAGCCGCAGGAGGACUAAGCAUGGAUGGCAGCCGGAGAGUCAGAGCAGCGUCUGUCCUUCCCAGGUACAGCCCACCAUGCCUAUUUACAGGACACCUGAGCACCAAGAGCAACGCUUUUUGCACUGACUCCUCUUCUCUCAGACUAACCACUCUCCAGCUGGUCAAGAACCACAUGGCUGUUCACUAUAAUAAAAUCCUUUCAGCCAAAGCCGCAGUGGACUGCUCAAUUCCAGUAAGUGUGAAUACUAGCAUCAAAUAUGCUGACCAACAACGAAGAGAGAAACUGAGGAAGGAGUUGGCACGCUGUGAAAAGGAGUUUAAAUUAAGUAAAUCUUCGAUGCAGAUCAAUUCUAAGAUGAAUUCCAAGUUCUUUGUAAACUCUCUACAGAAGGACCCUUCCUCGGGCUUCCCUUCCAGCUGCUGCAGACCCCCACACUGCUCUCCACUCACCCUGGCUCAUGUGAUGUCGGCUCUCAGGACCCUUCCUCGGGCUUCCCUUCCAGCUGCUGCAGACCCACAGCCCUCAGGUGAACCACAAGACCGGGAUGUGUUAAUAGAAGAAAUGACAAAAUAUCCACCAUUUUCUAAGUCACUCAUUCCUUCUUCCGAGGGACUGCAUCUAAGUCUGCCUGAAUCGAGUAAGAUGCUCAUGAGUGGCACCCAGAAGCAUGCCAGCACCUCUCCAUCCAGGUACUCAGGCUGUGGGCACAGCUGCGACAGGCGGCCUAGGAGUGCCCACCAGUUCCAGGUAGUCAUCGCCAAGACUCCAAGUGGAGAUCUGUUGGAAAAGCACUCUGACCUCUUCUCUAACAAGCAGUCGCCAUUCACUCCACGAACUUUAAAAACAGAAGCAAAGUCCUUCCUGUCACAGUACCGCUACUACACACCUGCCAAAAGAAGAAAGGAUUUUUCAGAUCAGCGGAUGGAAGCUGAAACCCAAACUGAAUUAAGCAGCUUUAACUCUGAGCUUGGGACAGCUGAGAAAAUGAGCUCAAAGGACUCAGAAGUGAACGUAAACCAGGUACCUAAUUACAUGAGAAAUGGUGCUGAAGACAAAAUAGCUCCUUUACCCUCACAAGGACAAAACCUAGCAUGGGACAGUAUUCACGAUGGGAUUCUGCAGCAGUCCUCAGAAAGGGCACCCUGUAAGCUCUCCACAGAGUUUUCUCCAGACAGUAAAAUCUACUCUGAUGAAGAAGAGCUGCUGUACCUGAGUUUCAUGGAAAAUGUGACAGAUGACAUCUUGAAACUUGGUUUAUUUUCUAACAGGUUUUUAGAACGACUGUUUGAGCGACAUAUAAAGAAAAAUAAACAUCAUUUGGAGGAGGGGAAGAUGCGCUACCUGCUGCAUGGGCUAAAGGUUGACUUAGGCUGCGUAUCUGAGGAAGACCCAGCAAAGCAAAAACAUUUCAGACUGUUGAAUCAACUUCAUUUUCAAAAGGCUCUGAUUUCAAGAGAAAAUGAAUUUGUAAGUGAUGAAGAAAUAGUAAGUCAUCAUGAGCGUCAGCAGUACCAGGAGGCCCUGGAUAUGCUGUCAGCUGUGCCGAAGGACGAAAACAAGAUGUUCUCUUUACCGGGUGAAUUUUUAAUACCAGCCCAUAAAGCCAAGCAUUCAGAGGGUGUUAUAAUUCAACAGGUCAAUGAUGAAACAGAUAAUGAAGCCUCACCCUGGAAUGAAAACAGUCCAAGUGUUUCUGAUAGUUUAAUAGACCAGGAAACCUCUGUGGAUGUCAUUGAAGGUGACAGUGACUUUGAAAGGGCUGAGACUUCCAGGGAACUCUGUUGUCUGAGCACAUCACUGUCCCCAUCUGGUCCAUUCCCCAGCAUCGACGGUGGCAGUAAUCAUGGUAAGGAAUUAUCGACUCUAAAAAUCAUGGAAAUGAGCAUUGAAGACUGACCUUUGGAUCUUCAUUAAUAAAUACUCCAUGUGGCCAGUAACUCAAUAUUACUUUUCUUAUUUUUUUGUCUCCUUUUACA